GUAUGAUAUCAUUUAUAUGUAUAUACCUUAGGUAUAUAAUCACAAAUUCGUGCAUACUUCAUUCAUGGCCGUCUAGAAUUGAUUGCUGUAUACCGGUCACACGAAUAAGACUAAGUUUUAAACUUGUUGUAUGCAUAAAAGAUGUAAUGCAUUAUAGAUACAAAAGAUUCAUGAGAAGAUGUAUUGGCGCCAUUAAUUGUCUUAGUAUCGGUGUCAAGGGCAACAAUUUGGGAGAGUUGUAACAAAACAAUGAGCGAGGUGAAUGCACUCCGCAUCGUAUGGACGAUAAAUUUUUGUUAAGAUUUCUACGAGCCCGCAACUUUAUCCCACAAAGAGCUCAUCGAUUAAUGGUGAAUUAUUACCAGUUUAAAGAAGAAAAUCCGGAGUUAUUUGAAAAUGUGUACCCGUUAGAUCUUAGGAGGAUAGGAGAUGCGAAUGUCAUAGCUGUGCCUCCAUAUCGCGAUCAAACUGGACGAAGGCUGCUUCUGUAUAGAAUUGGUUGUUGGGAUCCUAAAACAGUAGCAGUUGAAGAUAUUCUUAAAGCCACAAUUUUUGCGCUUGAACUUGGUAUGUUAGAGCAACGCACUCAGAUAUUAGGAGGGGUGGCGUUGUUCGACCUGGAGGACUUGAGCACACAGCAUGCCUGGCAAAUCACUCCUUCAGUAGCGAGUAAAAUUGUCAAACUUCUAGUGUCAAGUUUUCCUGCUACGACUCACGCCAUACAUGUGAUCAACCACUCGUGGAUAUUCGACACGAUGUACAACAUAUUCAAGCCGCUGUUGACAUCUGAGAUGCGUUCUAGGAUCUAUUUCCACGGCUAUGAUGUCACUUCUCUUCAUAAACAUAUUCUUCCUGAUUACUUGCCCGAAAGAUACGGAGGCAUCUGGCCCGAUUACCCCUACACGAUUUGGCUUGAAUCAUUAAAGAAAAAUUAUGCCGUCGCUAAAGAAAUCUUAGCAUGUGGAUAUAAGUUUCGAGAGGAAGAAAUUUGUCCCGAAGUAGUAAGACAGCUCAAACAGGAAGGCAUAAAGUUCUCUUAAAUGUGGAACAAAGUACGUGACUGCCAUCAUUUUACGCAGUUUCGCUUCCCUGUAAAAAAGUUUAAUAAUAAAAUUAUUUAUAUGUUAAGUCUAAAUUACGCGACCUGUUUUAGCUUUGUUUUAAUUUUGCUGUAUUAAUCAGAAUUUUAAGGCUUAUUAUUAUAACUUUUAAUAUUUAAAAUAUUGUGUGUGUUCGUAUUAUAUUGCUAUUAAGAGAUUUUUUUUAUUAAAUUAAUUAUAUUGAUAUUAUCGAAGACGCCAAACUCAAGUUAUGUCGAUCAAAUGAACAAAAUUUUACCGUUGUACGACUUCACCAAUUAUUAUUCAUAUUCGAUGUAUGAAACCAAUAAAAAUAAAGGAAAACAAGAAAGAAAUAAAAAUGUAGUAAUAUUCCUUAGAUAAUGUAAAAGAUUUUAUUGUAAAUAUAUUUAUAUAUUAUAUGUUUUGUAAGGUUAUAAUAUUAUUAAAUUCGUCAAAAACCUGUGAUAAAUUGUUUGCAACGUUGGGAUCAGCUUGCAUUUUAAGUUAACAAGUAAAUGAAAACAAAAUAAUGUUUGAAUUCAUUUUCUGUUAUUUCGAUCAUAAUCUAAUCUAAUGAAAACAUUAUGUAUACAGUCAAUUAUUUAAAAUAUAGAAUAU